AUGCUCACACGGCGUCGAUCUCCAGGGACGUUCGCACAAGCCGGAUACUAUGCGAGUAGUGAUCCACCCUACCACGAUAGCAAUGACACAGAAACGAGCCUCUUUCGCGACAGCAGCAGCAGAGGGAGAAAUAUCCACAAAAUGAUGCAGCUGGACACUAUUGAGAAUGGUAUGACGGACACCGACGUCCGAGAAGUCCAUGCGGGAAACUGGGCAGCUUCGAUGGCUGAAUUGUACCCGUCGCUGGCCCAGUGCGCCAUAGUGGCUGGUGCGCUAAAGGUUCUUCUGUUCCCUGCAUACAAAUCCACCGAUUUCGAGGUCCACCGCAAUUGGCUCGCCAUUACCCAUUCUCUUCCGAUUCAGGAGUGGUAUUAUGAGGUUGGUGUUUCCGAUUCAUCCUAUGCCGCCGUCAUAUUCACACCAAAAGUAGAAAACGUCAGAAUGGACCCUCGACUACCCCCGUUCUUCGCGGUCUUCGAAUGGCUACUGUCGCAAGCGGCCGCCUACAUUGACCCGGCGAUGCUGGUGGUGAAAAACUUGGGCUACGAUUCCUGGGAGACUAUAUACUUCCAGAGAGCUACGGUCAUCCUGACUGAGCUCGUUCUUGCCUGUGCAUUGAGCAAAUACAUCAAGUCCACACCAUUAGCUCACAAGCAAGCUGCACAUGUGGCCGCGCUCUCUAUAUUCCUUUCGCCAGGUCUAUUUAUUAUCGAUCAUAUACACUUUCAAUACAAUGGCUUCAUGUAUGGGAUCCUGGUCCUAUCUAUUGUGCUCGCCCGCAAGCAGUCGACUCUCCUUCUCAGUGGGAUCUUGUUUGCGGCACUAUUGUGCUUCAAACACAUUUAUCUCUAUCUUUCGCUCGCCUAUUUUGUGUAUCUCUUGCGCGUGUAUUGCCUUGAUCCGAAAAAUGUUUUCCGACCACGCAUCUGGAAUACUAUCAAACUCGGAGUUUGUAUAGUGGGAAUCUUCGCCAUUGCCUUUGGACCGUUUGUCCACUGGGGCCAGAUCUUCCAAUUGAAGGACCGGCUUUUCCCGUUCUCAAGAGGACUGUGCCAUGCAUAUUGGGCACCUAAUGUCUGGGCAAUCUACUCGUUCGCGGACCGUGCUCUCAUCCCUCUUGCACCUCGCCUUGGAUUACCGGUCAACCAAGAUGCGCUCAGCAGUGUCACUCGCGGACUUGUCGGAGACACGGCAUUUGCUAUUCUUCCAGAAGUCACGAGUGGACAGACUUUUGCACUGACAUUCCUCUUCCAGUUGGUGCCCUUGAUUAAACUAUGGACUCACCACAAUUGGGACACCUUUGUCGGUGCAAUCACACUGUGCGGAUACGCAUCCUUCCUUUUCGGGUGGCAUGUCCAUGAGAAAGCCGUACUCCUUAUCAUCAUUCCCUUCAGUUUGAUCGCGCUCAAGGACCGCCGAUAUUUCAGUGCCUUUCGCCCCCUUGCAGUCGCCGGUCAUGUAUCCCUGUUCCCGCUUCUUUUUACUAGCCCCGAGUUUCCCCUCAAGACGGUCUACACGGUAUUCUGGCUGGUUCUCUUCCUCUUUGUCUUUGACAGGGUAGCCCCGGUCCCGGAGCGUCCGCGAAUCUUCGUGUUCGAUCGUCUUUCUUUGCUCUACCUAACCAUCUCCAUCCCUCUAAUUAUUUACUGCUCCCUCAUCCAUCAAGUGAUCUUUGGGCUUGAACGGUUACAAUUCCUACCCUUGAUGUUUAUGAGCAGCUACUCUGCGCUGGGCGUGGUGGGAAGCUGGGUUGGGUUUAUGGUGAUAUACUUUACCACAUAG